ACACUUUCAUCAGUAGGCGUUGACUCGUUGAAAAAUUCGAUUAAGAAUUUGAACACUCAAAAAGUAAUUACGGAAAUUGUUACUAUUAAGACAUUGGCAAAUCUUUAAACUUCAAAAUGGCAUUAAGCGAUGCAGAUGUACAAAAGCAGAUUAAUCAUAUGAUGGCAUUCAUUGACCAAGAAGCCAAUGAAAAAGCAGAAGAAAUUGAUGCCAAAGCAGAAGAAGAAUUCAAUAUUGAAAAAGGUCGUUUAGUUCAACAACAAAGACUUAAAAUUAUGGAAUAUUAUGAAAAGAAAGAAAAACAAGUAGAACUUCAAAAAAAAAUUCAAUCAUCCAACAUGUUGAAUCAGGCACGUUUAAAAGUUCUGAAAGUUAGAGAAGAUCAUGUGCGCAAUGUACUUGAUGAAGCUAGAAAAAGAUUAGGAGAAGUGACAAAAGAUACUUCACGAUAUAAAGAAAUUUUAAAAUUAUUGAUUGUACAAGGAUUAUGCCAGUUAACUGAAAGCCAUGUUACUAUUCGUAUACGUCAAGUAGAUAUUCCUCUAGUAGAAUCACUUUUUGAUUCUAUUCAAGAUGCUUAUAAAUACAUAACAAAAAAAGAUGUUAUAAUUAAAAUUGAUCAAGAUAAUUUUCUUCCUUCUACUAGUUAUGGUGGUGUUGAUUUACUUGCCGCAAAGGGACGUAUAAAAGUUAGCAAUACUUUGGAAACAAGAUUAGAAUUAAUAGCACAGCAAUUAGUGCCAGAUAUACGUUCUGCUCUAUUUGGAGGCAAUCCUAAUCGCAAGUUUAUUGAUUAAACAAAUUCCUCUCACAUUUUCUUUUUCUCUUCUUUUCAUUCUAAUCACCUUUUUAACAAAACAUUCCCUUCCUUAGGACACUAAAUUAAUUAAGAAUUUGUUGUGUAGAACGUAGAAUCUGUUAUUGAAAUUGUUGAAAAGAGAGAGAAAGUGAAAUUGUAAAUUAUAUAAAUAUAUAUACACAUCAUACAUAACACACACACGCACACACACACGUGUAUGUGUGUGCGUGUAUGUGUGUGUACGUACAAACGCGUGCAAC